AUAUGAAUAUAGACAUAUAUAAAGGUAUGGGAACAUAAUUAGAAUAGCAAAACAAAAGAAAGAAAAUGAAAAUGAAUUAAUAUAAAUAUUGCGUCUUCAUACACACACACACACCAACUCCUUCUCCUUCCAAAUAAAACCAAUCUAAAUUCCCAAACAUUUUCCAUUCAUUUCUUACAUUCACAAUCAUCAAAAAAGAGAAAAUGGGAAUUGGGAAAACGACACCGUUUGAAGAUCUUAUAGAAAAAGCUGGAGGUUGUGCGGUGGUGGACGGUGGUUUCGCCACCCAACUUGAAAAACACGGCGCAGACAUUAAUGAUCCUCUUUGGAGUGCUCUCUGUCUCAUCAAAGACCCUCAUCUAAUCAAAAAAGUUCACAAGGAAUAUCUUGAAGCCGGUGCUGACAUUUUGGUCACUUCUUCAUACCAGGCUACACUUCCUGGAUUUGUUUCGAGGGGACUUUCUAUUGAAGAAGGGGAAUUGUUAUUGAGAAGGAGUGUGAAAUUGGCCUUAGAAGCUAGAGAUAGUUUUUGGGAUUCCAUGAAAAAUAAACAUGGUGGUCAUGCUUAUAACAGAGCUUUGGUUGCAGCCUCCAUUGGUAGUUAUGGAGCUUAUCUUGCUGAUGGUUCUGAAUAUAGUGGGAGUUAUGGAUCAAAUGUUGGUUUGGAUAAGCUCAAAGAUUUCCAUAGAAAAAGAUUGCAGAUUCUUGUUGAGGCAGGCCCUGACUUGCUGGCUUUUGAGACCAUUCCCAAUAAGUUAGAGGCUCAGGCUUGUGUAGAAUUGCUUGAAGAAGAAAACAUCAAAAUACCAUCUUGGAUUUGCUUUAGCUCUGUUGAUGGAGAGAAUGCCCCAUCAGGAGAGAGUUUUAAGGAAUGUCUUAAUGUUAUAAACAAGUGUGAUAAAGUUAAGGCUGUGGGAAUUAACUGUGCUCCUCCUCAAUUUAUUGAAGAUCUCAUUUUGAAACUCAAUAAGUUAACAGACAAAGCCAUUGUUGUUUACCCAAAUAGUGGUGAGGUGUGGGAUGGUAGAGAUAAGAAAUGGCUGCCUUCGAAGUGUUUUAACAACGAUAAGUUCGAAUGUUUUGCAACGAGAUGGCGUGAUUCCGGGGCUAAACUAAUCGGAGGAUGUUGUCGGACGACACCUUCCACCGUUCAAGCCAUUUCAAAGGCUUUGAAAGAAAAGCUCUAAUCACUAGUAAUUAUAAUUAUAUUAACUCAAACCUGUCAUAUUUAAGACAGCUGAAGAGGAAGAUUCAAAGAGGCUGCUUCAUUCUUUUCCAGAUUACCAAAUUAACAAAGGAUUAGAAGAAACAAACAAUAACUAAUGAUUUGUUUAUCUUUAUCUAUCUAUCUAUUUAUUUAUUUGAAUCAUGGAGUGUACUCUUGUGUUGCUUAUCUGUAUUGGAAACUUUAUAUAUUUUUGGCAA